GAUUGCCCUUUUGUGAAUUUGUUUGUCGUUCGCCACUCUCCAGUCGCUGAAAGUAUCAAAUUCAAGGGCCGCUCACUGCGUCACAGCUUGGUAUCACGUGCUGACGCCAACGCGAGUGGCCAGUGAUAUAAAGGCCGUCUGUCUGUCCGACUGGACCUGACAGGCAUCGCCACACUUCAGUACAAGACAGGUUCCUCCUUGCAGUUUACAGGUAAACAGAGGAACUGGGCUGAUAGCUACACCUGCGCAUCAUCGAUACCACUGAAAGGACAGGCAAGAGCUCAGGUACCCAGCAGAAUACCAACAACCACCUCUGUCAUCAAGUUUUAAAGUAUUGGUCAUGCUGCUGUUGUACUUCGCGAUGGCCCUUCUUCCUGUAAGGCAUGUGCAUGUUAGUGCUUCACCUCAGUCACGUGAACGAGGAGGCCAAUCAGAAGCGAAAGAAGUCCUUCGAAGUGUGGCACAUACCGUGGAACAUGUCCAAGCUCUCAGGUCCCAACAAGGAGACAACACAGACAGAGGUCUUCCUGCUCAUCUUAAUUUUGCCAAAGAGUUUAAGAUGAAGUUGAUGCGAUCGCAUUCCGCCCUGCAUACGUUAGAUGUCGCAGGAGAGGGUUCAGCUAGUCAGGUUCAGGGUCAUUCUUUUCCAAAACACAACGAAGGCAGUCCGCGUCGUGGUCAGUCUGAUUACGCGAAGAUUCCAGAGUUCACGCCCUCUGAUGACCUAAAUGCUGAAGGUUUGCUGUUGCCAGAAUACGAAUAUUUCGGAGAUAAUGAUGAUAUUGCAGGAGAUCCAACUGAGAUGCUUUCAAUGCCCUCGCAAAGACCAGACUCGCGGACAGUAAAGACAAAGAACAGCAUGUCGACGAUUACAUCAGACCGCUCCACCACCAACACAGCAGCCGAAAACACGAAGAUUCAAUCCCUCAAAGCUUGGAGGAAUCGAAAUUUAGGAUCAGGGUUGGGGUCGGGGUCAAAGUCAGAACAAGAUGCUCAGAUGCUGCAUCGUUUGGGCGGUCUGGAUCGGCUUGUGGAUGAAAGGAACAUUGCUCCGUUUUCCAGCGAGCAGAAGACGAGUUCCUCGAGACAGAGCGCUGCACCGGAGGAGCAUCCAAGCAACGCCACCCAAGAGACGGACGAUGGUUUCGAGAUAAACAAGCGCACUUCCUCGCGCUGCCAUAACCCGGAUGUUUUCCGCGACGACCUGCCGUGGACGUGCCGCCAAACCUGGCGGUGGCGCCACCUGGGCGAGCAGCGGUACCCGAGCCGAAUCUACGAGGCGGUGUGCGAGGAGAGCUCCUGUUACUAUGGCCACUACCGCUGCACCCCCGUGACGUACACCCUGAAGAUCCUGCAGGUGUGCCCCAACGUAUGCGAGGACGACGAGCGCGUGCCCUACCCGCUGCGCACGAUGCCGCGCAUGCGCACACGCUGGCAAUACACUGACGUCAAUGUCACUGUCGGGUGCAUGUGCACUCGCUAAAGCGGCUGUGGAGGACAGAGAUGCAAAACUUCAAAAGUUCAUUUUGCCUUUAUA